UUCUUCUAAUUAGCCAGUCUCUUCUUGCUCGCCUCACUUGUCCACCCUGCAGCGCAUCCUCCUGCUCCUGUCAGGGACCGGGAACCUAGUCGGGCAAACAUUUUCAGAGCAACUUCUUUUCCUGUUGCGCACUGCCUUUACGCACGAAGUUUUAGGGAGAAAAAUAGAUGCGCGGAUUUGUUUCGGACAAUUUGGUCCGAUUGUUGAUUUAAACUGUUAUUUAUUUUUUUUCGUUGUCAUUUUUUAAAAUCAGAGCUAAAGGGUCAGAGAGCGAUUCCGCUUUUGCGCAUCAGGUGAGAACAGGUGCACUGCUGCCGAGAGUCAGGAACGCAGAAGACAAGGGCAGAAAAUAGUUUUUUUUUAAAAAUACAUCUGAAAAACAGGAGAAAAAGAAAAACAGAGAGGGAGGAAAACAGGUUAGAGAGAAAAGGAGAGAGAGAGAGAGAGAGAGAGAAAGAGAGAGAACGAGAGAAACACCCCCUGGAGAAUAGUUCAGAGAGCCGGCCCCCGGCCCGAGAGAAGGAGAGAGAGAGUGAGGGAGUGAGGGAGUGUUUUAAAGCCGGCAGGAGGCAUGAUGUCCUACAUAAAGCAGCCCCAUUACGCCGUGAACGGGUUAACGCUGUCCGGCCCGGGCAUGGAUCUGCUACACACCGCAGCCGUGGGAUACCCCAGUACGCCGCGAAAGCAGCGUCGGGAACGCACCACCUUUACGCGUGCGCAGCUGGACAUCCUGGAGGCUCUGUUUGCCAAAACCCGAUACCCAGACAUCUUCAUGAGGGAGGAGGUGGCUCUCAAGAUCAACCUGCCUGAGUCUAGAGUUCAGGUCUGGUUUAAAAACCGCCGUGCCAAAUGCCGCCAGCAGCAGCAGCAGAGCACCGGCCAAUCCAAACCCAGGCCUCCUAAGAAGAAGGCUUCCCCGGCCAGAGAGGCCCCCACGGAGGCCAGUGCCAACCCAACCAAUGGACCCUACAGCCCUCCGCCCCCUCCUCCAGGCACCGCCAUCACCCCCAGCUCCAGCUCCGCCAGUGCCACCGUCUCCAUCUGGAGCCCGGCCUCCAUCUCCCCGCUGCCGGACCCGCUGUCAGCCUCCACCACCCCCUGCAUGCAGCGCACCACCGCCUACCCCAUGACCUACACCCAGGCGCCGGCCUACAGCCAGAGCUACGCCGGCUCCUCCUCUUACUUCACCGGCCUGGACUGCAGCUCCUACCUGUCUCCCAUGCACCCGCAGCUGUCGAGCACCGGAGGGGCCCUGAGCCCCAUCACGGCCUCCUCGAUGGGAGGGCCCCUCAGCCAGUCCCCCGCCUCGCUCUCCUCGCAGGGCUACACAGCCGCCUCACUCGGCUUCGGAGCCGUCGACUGUCUAGACUACAAAGACCAAGCUGCCUGGAAGCUCAAUUUCAAUGCCGCUGACUGUCUGGACUACAAAGACCAGAACUCCUGGAAGUUCCAGGUCUUGUAAAUAACAGCGGCUUCAAACAGCGGGGGGGAGGCGACGAUAAAAAGAGGUGGGGAAUCAAACAACAACAA